GGAAUAUUUCGCGCCAAAUUGAAACAACUGUGCAGUGAGUCUGAGCGGACGACUUGAGACACGGACCCCCCCGGUUUUACUUUUAACGUUUCACCCGUCGUUUCUCAGUUAAGCCAACAUGGAGGAGGCCAACAAGCUAAUCGGCACGGGCAAGAAGCACCUGGUGAUGGGGAAGGUGGUGGAGGCGGUGAGCGCCCUGCAGGAGGCCUGCAGCCUGCUAGCUAAAAAGUAUGGAGACACAGCAGACGAGUGUGGAGAGGCUUUCUUCUGGUGUGGCAAAGCUCUGCUAGAUUUGGCGAGGAUGGAGAACUCGGUCCUGGGUAAUGCUCUGGAAGGAGUGCCAGAGGAAGAGGAGGAUGAACAAAAUGUCAAGGACUCCAAAGUUGACAGCACAGAAAACAUUGAUGAGAAGACCAGAGAUGAGCUGCGGGUUCAGGUGUACGACGCCAUGGCGGAGAAGAAGGGCGAAGACGCGGAGAAGAAGGGCGAAGACGCAGAGUUGGUGGAAGGGAAGCAGGGCAAAGAUGCAGAGAAGAGCGGUGACGUAGAAAAGAUGGAGGCUGGUGACCAGCAGCAGAACACGGAGAAGGAAAAGAAAGAUGAGCAGAAGAGUGACGUCAAUGGAAGCAAGUCUGAAGGUGAAGACAAGACAGAAAAGGUCAAGGAGGAUAAGACAGAAUCAGGAGAGAAGGAAGAGGACGCACAAGAAGAGGAGGAGGAGGAGGAAGAAGACUGUGACGACGGUGACGCAGAAAUGGAGGAUGAUGCAGAAGAGCCAGGUGAAGGAGACGCCGCUGCUGACAAGGACAGUGAGGAUGAGGAGGUGGGCAACCUGCAGCUGUCCUGGGAGAUGUUGGAAGUCGCUAAAGUCAUCUUUAAAAGGAAUGAGACGAAGGAGAGUCAACUCAUGGCAGCUCAGACUCACUUGAAACUGGGUGAAGUUUCUGCUGAAUCAGGAAAUUACACACAGGCGUUGGAGGAUUUCCAGGAGUGUCUGGAGCUGCAGGUGAAGCAUCUGGACCCAGACAGCCGCCUGCUUGCUGAGACUCACUACCAGCUCGGCCUGACCUACAGCUUAAAUCUCCAGUACAGCCAGGCCAUCGAGGAGCUGAAGAGCUCCAGCUCUGUCAUAAGGAGCAGGCUGGACAAACUGCAGGAGGUGCUGGACAAGGCCAAGGACCCAGAGGCUGUGCCUGAGGAGAGGAAGGAGAUGGAGGAGCUGAAGGCUCUGCUGCCAGAGAUCCAGGAGAAGGUGGAGGACGCCACGGAGGGUCUGAAAACGGCGAGCGCUGCUGCUGCUGCUCAGGAGGACGGAGGCUCCACUUCCUCUGCGCUCCCUGGGUCCUCUGUACAGAACGGUGACUCUUCAGCCAGUUCAAAGACUAACGGCACACCAACCAACGGAGUCAGUUCCACCAACGGACACGCCUCCACCGCUGCAGUGUCUGACAUCUCCCACCUGGUCAGGAAGAAGAGGAAACCGGAGGAGAGUCCAGUGAAGGAGGGCGUGGUUAAGAAGGUGAAGCAGGAUGCUGGUCAGACUAACGGUGUUCACAAAGGCAAUGGAGAGACUUAACAGUCCGGAAGUCGAGCUGGACCCCCUCCAUGUUUUUGUCUCCACCCAAGAAGAGAUUCACCGACAUGCCAAGCUCUUACGGUUGCUACGCUUGUUUGCUGUUGUAAAUAUGUGCAUUGUUUUCUAUGCCAGUUGUAAUGUCAGUGUUGGUUCACACAUGUAACCCAAGA